UUUAGCCGUUGGUGGAUGAUUUUCCUGGUUGGUUCUGGAGAAUACACCAAGUCUCCCUGUGCGUUUCGGUCGUGCCUUGCACACCGCCCAGAUCGACUAUCACGGUGCUGAAAAUCAGAGGUUCAAAGCCACAAUGCCUCAGUGGGCAAAAGGGAAUUUACUCUCCAUCUUAAUACAUCAUGCCGAACGUCACCUCCCUCGACAUCUUUAUUGAAAGAUCGUGCAGACUUAUGGACGCGCGCCCCGCUUCCACCGUGUCCAUCACCUAUGGCUCCCAGGCUAAGAAGGCCAAGACGGCCCCAGCGCCCACAGACAAGGUCUCUAAGAAAGCCACCUCUUUUGUCGCGGUAAAAACCUACGACCCAACUAGCGGUGUCUGCUACCGCAUCAAAUUGUCCAAGGCGAAGGAGUUGUCGCGUGUCUUGACCUUGCUCGGCCCACGAGGCGUGCAGUUGACGAAGAACCACAAGAGCGCCAGUUUGGGCGGUGCGGACGAGGAAAUGCUCUCCAAGAAGGAAAAAAAGGCUAAGAUCAAUACUUAUAUUGUGCAGGAAAGAGGGAUCGCCAGCAUUAUGACCAAUGUCGUGUUUAAGGAGGAGGUGCCGGACGUGGUAAUGGCUGAGCCGAAGGAAACCACCCCAGUCGUAGAGGCAACGGCGCCAAAGACCAAGAAGAAGAAGAAUAAGAAGCGUUAGGGUUGUUUAAGUGUAUAUUACCGGUGGGCGAGCAUUAAAAUGGAUUAAAUUUGUCAUUACUUGAGAAAACACGAGGCGGAACAGGAGCCUGUUUGGAUGUUAACAUAAAUAUUAAACCAGUUGCUUGAGAUUUAACUUGCUGGUAAGUAGGGUAGGUCCAAUCUAGAAGGUUGUUCAUUAGACAUGCCUCUUUUUAUUUGAGCCUAAACAGUAUAUACUAUCUCUGUAAUAACUGAC